GCCGGACCCGGCGUGAUGCCGGCCAAUGGCGAGGCGGCUGAGGGCCCGCCACCUGUCCUCGGCGAGGGCGGGCGGAGGCAGCCAGGCGUCGCACUCCAUGGUAACGACGCCGGCCCGAAGAUGGCGGCCGCUGGGGCUGGAGGAGCGGGCGGCGUGGGAGCAGGGCCGCGGGGCCGCUGGGGCGGCUCCCUGUGGGUGCGAGGCGUCCUGCUCGUGCUGGGCGGGCUCCCGGCCGGCGCCGCGGCUGCUCCCAUAUCCCUGAGCACUUCGCCUCCGUGUCGGCAUCACGUCCCUUCUGACACUGAGGUCAUAAAUAAAGUUCAUCUCAAGACAAAUCAUGUUGUAAAAAGAGAUGCUGAUGGGCAUCUACGAAUCAAGACUGUCUAUGACCCAAGUAUUGAGGAGCUGCUCCCUGAGAAAAGAUAUCUUGUAAAGAACAAACUUUUCCCACAAGCUAUUUCUUACUUAGAGAGAACAUUUCAGGUUCGUCGGCCUGCUGGCAGGAUCUUACUUAGCAGACAAUGUGCAACAAAUCAGUACCUACGGAAAGAAAACGAUCCACACAGAUACUGUACUGGGGAGUGUGCAGUGCAUACCAAGUGUGGCCCGGUUAUAGUGCCCGAGGAGCAUCUCCAGCAAUGCAGAGUCUGCCGAGAGGGUAAGUGGCCUUGCGGAGCAGUGGGUGUUCUAGACCAAGAGGGUGUCCAGGAUGCAGACUUCAUCCUCUAUGUUGGUGCUCUGGCCACUGAGAGAUGCAGCCAUGAAAACAUCAUCUCUUAUGCAGCCUAUUGUCAGCAGGAGGCAAAAAUGGACAGGCCGAUAGCAGGAUAUGCUAACCUCUGUCCAAAUAUGAUCUCCACCCAACCACAAGAGUUUAUUGGGAUGCUGUCCACAGUGAAACAUGAGAUCAUUCAUGCCCUGGGUUUCUCUGCUGGACUUUUUGCAUUCUACCAUGAUCAAGAUGGAACUCCCCUGACACCACGGUCUGCAGAUGGCCUCCCACCUUUCAACUAUAGUCUUGGAUUGUAUCAGUGGAGUGACAAAGUCGUUCGAAAAGUGGAGAGAUUGUGGAAUGUGCGAAAUAAUAAGAUAGUUCGGCACACUGUAUAUCUCUUAGUAACACCUCGUGUUGUUGAAGAAGCGCGGAGGCAUUUCAACUGUCCAGUUCUAGAGGGGAUGGAGCUUGAAAAUCAAGGCGGGAUGGGCACUGAGCUCAACCACUGGGAGAAGCGGUUGCUGGAGAAUGAAGCAAUGACUGGUUCUCACACCCAGAACCGAGUCCUCUCUCGAAUCACUCUGGCAUUAAUGGAGGACACUGGCUGGUACAAAGCAAAUUACAGCAUGGCCGAGAAACUCGACUGGGGCCGAGGAAUGGGCUGUGAAUUUGUUAGGAAGAGCUGUAAAUUCUGGAUUGAUCAGCAGAGGCAAAAGAGGCAGGUUCCGAGCCCAUACUGUAACACGCUCAGGAGUAACCCACUGCAGUUGACUUGCAGACAGGACCAGAGAGCCGUUGCUGUGUGUAACCUGCAGAGGUUUCCUAACCCUUUACCACCAGAGUACCAGUAUUUUGACGAGCUCAGUGGAGUAUCUGCGGAAGAUUUACCUUACUAUGGUGGGUCAGUAGAAAUUGCUGACUAUUGCCCUUUCAGUCAGGAAUUCAGCUGGCAUUUAAGUGGUGAAUACCAGCGCAGCUCCGACUGUAGAAUACUGGAAAAUCAACCAGAAAUGUUUAAAAACUACGGUGCAGAGAAGUAUGGCCCUCACUCGGUCUGUCUGCUUCAGAAAUCAGCCUUUGUCAUGGAACAGUGCGAGAGGAAGCUCAGUUACCCAGACUGGGGGAGUGGAUGCUACCAGGUUUCCUGUUCUCCUCAAGGUCUGAAGGUUUGGGUCCAAGAUACGUCAUAUCUAUGCAGCCGGGCUGGGCAGGUCCUGCCUGUCCGCAUCCAGAUGAACGGCUGGAUUCACAAUGGAAACCUGCUGUGCCCUUCCUGCUGGGACUUCUGUGAGCAGUGUCCACCAGAAACUGACCCUCCAGCUGCUAACCUGACUCGAGCCCUUCCUCUGGACCUCUGCUCCUGCUCUUCUAGCCUGGUGGUCACGCUUUGGCUCCUCCUAGGCAAUCUGUUUCCUCUGCUGGCUGGAUUUCUUCUGUGUGUGUGGCACUAGGAAUGGAGAAGUGAAUUUUCAAGGUGACAGUUUUAGCAUGUUCCCAUGAACAAAGCACAAAACCUGGGAGAGUCCAGCCCAUGUGACGA